CAUCUUUCUUCGACUAGUCCUGCACUGCAAGACUCGCAUUCGGUUGAGGUAAAGAAGACAAAUCACCAUGGGAGCGUACAAGUACAUGGAAGAGCUGUGGCGCCACAAGCAGUCCGAUGCCCUCCGAUUUUUGCUGCGAGUUCGUGCUUGGGAAUACCGCCAACGCCCCAACAUUUUGACGUGCAACCGUCCCGCCCGAACCGAGAAGGCCCAUCGGCUUGGCUACAAGGCCAAGCAGGGAUACGUGAUUGUCCGUGCCGGUGUCCGGCGUGGAGGCCGCAAGCGCCAAAAUCAUCGCGGUAUGGUGUUCGGAAAGCCCAAGCACCAGGGUAUUAACCAGCUGAAGUUUGAGCGUAACUUGCAGAAUGUGGCCGAAGAAAAGGUUGGACGCCGUUAUGCCAACUUGCGCGUUUUGAAUUCUUAUUGGGUGAAUCAAGACGCAACCAUGAAGUACUACGAAGUCAUUCUCGUCGAUCCGAAUCACCCCAAAAUCCGUAAUGAUCCCAGGGCUAACUGGAUUGUCAAUCCCGUACACAAGCACCGCGAAAUGCGUGGUCUCACUUCGGCUGGACGCAAGGGUCGUGGUCUCCGCAAGAAGGGACACCGCGCCAAUGGCAUCAAAGGAGGAUCAUACCGUGCUGCCUGGCUCCGUCGCAACACAAUGCGCCUCAAGCGUUACCGUUAAGCUGCCGGCUCCCAAGACAAACUAUCCAAUGCUCCGGGUACUCUCUGUCUACUAGGUUGCUUCUUUAUGAAAAUAUCUAUGCUUUUCCUAUUGGGCAUAGUUUAAAUUAUUUUUAUCUGCUUCUUUGUG